GGCACCGCCGCUCAGUCCGAGCCUGGAGCGCCGCACGGUAGCGGCACACGAGGAGCCGCUGUUCGGCGCAGCAUGGAGGAGGCAGCGGCGGCGGGUGAGGGCAAGGCGGGCCACGGCCGGAACGGCCAUGCCGAGGGCCCGGCGGCGGAGCAGCGGCGGGGCGGCGCGGCCCGGCUGCGGGGCUGCCGCGGGUUCCUGCGGCGGAACGCGCUGGUGCUGCUGACGGUGUCGGGGGUGGUGGCCGGCGUGGCGCUGGGGGCCGCCGUGCGCGGCGCGGCGCUGGGCCCGGCACAGGUCUCCUACCUGGCCUUCCCCGGGGAGCUGCUGCUGCGGAUGCUGCGCAUGGUGAUCCUGCCGCUCGUGGUCUGCAGCCUGGUGUCGGGCGCCGCCAGCCUGGACACCCGCUCGCUCGGCCGCCUGGGUGGCAUCGCGCUCGCCUAUUUCCUGGGCACCACGCUGCUCGCCUCCGGCCUCGCCGUGGCCCUCGGCUUCAUCAUUCGCCCCGGCGCCGGUGCCUCGGCGCUCAACACCCAGCUGGGGCUGCCGGGCGAGCUGCCCAAGAGCAAGGAGACGGUGGAUUCCUUCCUCGACCUCAUCAGAAACCUGUUCCCUGCAAAUCUUGUUGCUGCUGCUUUUGAAACGUAUGCGACAGACUAUCAGAUGGUGCUCAGGAACACAACCUCUGGAAAUGUCACAUGGGAAAAGGUCCCUGUUGGUACUGAUAUCAGAGGGAUGAACAUCCUGGGACUGGUGCUGUUUGCUCUGGUUUUGGGAGUGGCACUUAAAAAGCUUGGCCCGGAGGGGGAAGAUCUGAUUCGCUUCUUUAACUCAUUUAAUGAGGCAACAAUGGUCUUGGUUACCUGGAUUAUGUGGUAUGUACCUAUUGGCAUUAUGUUCCUUGUUGGGAGCAAGAUUGUGGAAAUGGAAGAUAUUGUGCUUCUGGUGACCAGUCUGGGAAAAUACAUCUUUGCCUCUAUCCUGGGCCACGUCAUCCACGGAGGAAUCAUUCUGCCGCUUAUUUAUUUUGCAGCCACACGGCAAAAUCCGUAUCGUUUUCUCUUAGGACUUAUCACACCACUUGCCACUGCCUUUGCCACUUGCUCCAGCUCAGCCACACUCCCAUCCAUGAUCAAGUGUAUUGAGGAGAACAACGGAGUUGACAAGAGGAUCAGCAGGUUUAUCCUUCCCAUUGGGGCCACUGUAAACAUGGAUGGAGCUGCUAUUUUCCAGUGCAUGGCAGCUGUGUUUAUUGCUCAGCUGAAUAAUGUCGACCUCAACCCUGGGCAGAUUUUCACAAUUCUCGUGACGGCCACGGCGUCCAGCGUGGGAGCGGCCGGGGUCCCUGCCGGCGGCGUCCUCACCAUCGCCAUCAUCCUGGAGGCCAUCGGGCUGCCCACCAACGACCUGUCCCUCAUCCUGGCCGUGGACUGGAUCGUGGACCGAACCACCACAGUUGUGAAUGUGGAAGGGGAUGCCCUGGGAGCGGGCAUCCUUAAUUACCUGAAUGAAAAAGACAAGAAAGAGAGAGAGCAGGAGCUCAAGGAAGUCACCGUAGAAGCAGUUGCUAACAGCAAGUCUGAAGCAGAAACGUCGCCUUUGGUAACCCACAAAAACCCAGUGUCCAACACAAGCAGCACAGCAGACCCUGAAUCCAAGGAAUCAGUACUGUGAACUCGAGGCCACUCGUCGACACCAGUCCUAGAGGUGCCUCAGGGACUUGUCAACGCACCCAGACGCUUGCAGUGCGACCGGGGGCUGGAUGGCUCUUGGAAGUGCUCAGUUCCAGUCUGUUUUGAAAUAUGCUGGCCUGGGGAAGGGAAGGGGAGGGAGGUGGGGUGGGCAGAGAAGGGGUGUUGAGAAGGAACACUCGCUUUAUAAUAGUAUUUUGAUAGUUUAUGUGUGUACAUGUAUACCUGUUGUGCUGCACACUUGUGUACAUGUACGUGAGAACUGCCAUCGAGGCUUCUGGUGUAACAAGACUUCCAGUAGGGAAGGCUCAGAUGGGUUGAAGAUAGGGAGGUAGACAAACUCAGUAUGUGCUUAUUGUAGGGAAAAUUUUUUGCUGCUGUAUGAAUGGAGAAGCAGUCUAAAAACUCCAGAGUGGGUAAAAAUGUUGCUUAAAUUUGUUUUCUAGCCUGGAAACACAUACCAACCAUUACAGCCGUGAUAUGAAGCAACAUUUUUCUCCCACUCCCCUUCCUCUCAUGUUCUCCAAUCCAUUAAAAACAUUGAAUAUGUCCUUAAAACUA